AUGGCUAUCCGCGUGGACUCUGCGCGUCGUGCCACAACACAUUCGCUCCUCCUCAGCGCAGUAGAGCAGCAGAAGUGCGCGGUUUACAUGAUGAUCACCACAUUUGACUAUAUAGGAAUCUCGUUAGUCCUAACAUACUUUGCGGACAAUCAAAUUUCCAUUCAAGUUUCAGCCUUGUCUGACUUCAAACCCGCCUUGCUAUGCCAUGCUCAACUCGCUCGUUCAAUACACACACGAGAUAUGCAUGUACAUAGCCGUCCAGCAACGGUGCUUCCGGACUACGUCGAGCAUAAACCAUGGAUACAGAGACAAACUAACUCGCUUUUCCUUCCAUCUGUGCUCCCUAUCCAUCUACGCGCGCUAGACUUGCUUCCUCAUCUCUCAUCAAUGCCCAUCUCAACCACAUUAGCCUGCCCUGACUGUGCAGUUCGUCGCAACUCACCACUUCCAGUCUGUGCCUUAAAAUGA